CCCGCCGUGAUGUCGCCACUUCACUCGUUGUUCCUUCUCGGCGUGCUCGCACUGUCUGUGUUCGCUCAAGACUUCGUCCCGAACGUGCCAGAAGAAUGUUUGAAAACAGGCAUUUGUGAGGACUUGCCGGACUAUCCGACAGAACAAGUCGCCGCUCUUAUUGAGGAACUGGGACCGGCGCUUGAAAAAUACGAGGUGACUGAUGAUGAUGAUCUCGACGAGUCCGAAGCGAUGUCCAGAACCGGCGACAUGGACCAGGAUCUCUGCGAGUCCAGGCGCAGGGCCAUAAUGCCUCAGGCGGCUCCGGACAAAAACGGCCAGUGGUUCUUUGUUGUCAACAAAAGAAGUAAUCCGGUCCAGAGCAUCAUCGUGGAGAUGUGCAGCCACCCAGAGUCAUCGUGCUCGAGCGUGGCACACUUCUACACGGGUUACUCCGCCAGCUGCAAGCAGAAGUACAUCCAGCGCAAGUCGCCGACUUUGGGCGCCGGCGGCGUGAUGAUCGAACGACGGUUGCUCUUCCCUAGCUGCUGUGUCUGCCGGUAUCAACAGACUGGGGAAUAAUAUUUCCUUAUAAAAACUGAAAAUUGGGUUAAAUUUUACAUAAAUUAUUACAACCUAAUGUAAAAUAUCGAUACAUGAUGUUCACUAAUUCAAUAAAAUGAGUAAAAGAAUAAGCGUAACGUAAGCUACUAUAAUAUAUGUUAUUGCAAAAAUAG